CGCAUGCGGCUGGAGAAGAGCCCCGGCGUCUCCUGGAACUGAACAAACCAUCCCAGCGCGGAGGCGGUCGGUGUGUCCCCCCCCCAACCCCACCCCCUCGGAAGAUCCCUGCCGGCACGCGGCGGAGGAGGCAGACAGCUGUCCCCGCGUUGCACCGCCAACCGACAGAAAACAGCGCGCCAGAUGGAUCUGCGCUCCGUUACCGCUACUGCCGCCGCUGCUGCGUCGCAUCUCUCAAAGUAAGGAGACUCGCUCUGCCAAUGUGCGUCCCCUGCUUCGUCAACUUGGACCGCUGCCGGUGUUCGAGGCUCCGGUCCAGCUCUGCAAACCUCUGACACUGCUGACUAACUAUAUGGUGACACCGCAAAACGACUUUAUACCCCCCCCUGAACUAUUUCUAAACUAUUAUCACAUCAACUUUUCCUCUGCGGAUGAGGAUUUGUUUGCCCUGUGUGUGUGGAAGUGCGCUGGGAAUAACCGGAGUACGCUCACCUUUUGAAUUUAACGGUAUAUCUAUGUCGUUUCACCUGGACUAACCUGCCUGCUCCAAAAACCAACGAGGAUCCGACUUGAGGGGAUGCGUAAAAGAGCGUGAUGCUCGACUUUCUCACCUUCUGUCGUCGCUGACGCAUAUUGGGGAUGCGAGAUGGGACUGUGAACUGUGGCAGUAUGUGGAGUCAUCCCUGAGGACAGAGUCGCUGCUCUCCGCGGGGUGUAUGGAGAAGAGCAGCCCGAGGAUGACGGGCGGAACCCGGGGGGCUCCCGUGAACUCCUCCCCGGCGGUGGCGGCCAACGCGGAGGGCGAGGAGAUCGAGGUUUUGGAGAGUACCGACGUCCUUCCCGUGGCCCCAGAGGACCAAUGGAAGUCUCUGUUUGACAAGUAUGACCCAGAGAAUUCGGGCUUCAUCAGUACAGAGCGCUUCAGGGACCUGCUGGCAACACAUGGCUCUGAGCUUGACCCCCACAAACUGGAAGUCCUAUUGGCCCUCGCUGAUGGCAAUGCUGAUGGAAAAAUCUGCUACCAGGACUUUGUGAAUCUGAUGAGUAACAAGCGCUCCAACAGUUUCCGGAGGGCCAUUCUGCAGGGGAGCAGGCAGCUAAAAGGCUGCAGUCUCAGAGAUGAGGUCGGCCUGGGGCUCUCCCAACGGCUGGUCCGACAUGUUGCCUAUGAGACGCUGCCCCGCGAAGUCGAUCGCAAGUGGUACUUCGACAGCUAUACCUACUGUCCCCCGCCCUUGCUCAUCCUGGCUAUUACCAUUGCUGAGGUAGCCGUGUUCAUGUACUACGGGUUUCAGCUGGACCGUUUGGUCCUGCAGGUGUCCAGCCCGUCAUUCCUAAAGAGCCCAUUACCUUACCACCCCCAGCUACGAGCCCAAGCCUGGAGGUAUCUCAGCUACUGUUUCAUGCACACUGGCAUUGAACACCUAAGCCUGAACAUGGCCAUGCAGCUCCUGGUGGGAGUCCCUCUAGAAAUGGUCCAUGGAGCCCUGAGGAUCGGACUGGUCUACGUGUGUGGUGUGCUAGCAGGGUCUCUGGCGGUGUCUGUCACUGAUAUGACGGCUCCAGUGGUCGGGUCAUCUGGAGGAGUGUACGCUCUGGUCUCAGCACACUUGGCUAAUGUUGUAAUGAACUGGUCUGGAAUGAAGUGCCAGUUUAAGUUAUUCCGGAUGGCCAUGGCUCUGGUGUGCAUGAGUGUAGAGUUUGGUCGGGCGGUGUGGUUGCGGUUCUACCCUCCGGCCUUCCCUCCGUGCCCCAACCCCAGCUUUGUAGCUCACCUGGGAGGGGUGAUGGUUGGUCUGACGCUGGGCGUGGUGGUCCUGCAGAACUAUGAGCAGCGGCUCCAGGAGCAGUCCCUGUUUUGGAUCUUUUUCUGCGUCUACACCUUGUUUGUGCUUUGCGCUGUCUUCUGGAACAUUUUCGCCUACAGCUUGCUUGAUGUGCGACUGCCCCCGCCACCCUGACUCGCCUAUUAGAGGCUGACGAGACAGUGCAUCCCCUUUAUCCCUUCAUCAGUAGAUGCCUGACCGCUUGGCUGGAUGAGUCACCUCACCCCUCUUGAUGUGAGCUUCAUCAGGCAUCUAACAUCCACCCUCCACCUGUAUCCAGUGCUCUGAUGCAGGGAUACCUGACUUGCAGCAGCCCUCUUUGUUGGUCCCAUUGUACAUUUUUCAACUCACCUGCUACAUUUUUGGGUUAAGCCUUACCAUCGUUACCAUGCAAGCUAACCUCCACUUGCUCUUUGUCUUCAUCUCUGUUGGAUGCUUGUAUCAGUGUAGUGUAUCAACACUGUGUUGACAAAUGAGAAGCCUUGGAUCUAACAUGACAGGAACAAGCAGGAACAGCCCUGUCCACAUGGCUUAACCGUCUCUGCCUCUUCCUCCUCAAUCCAACGGUGCCUACUCAUGGAGACAUCAGCCUGAUGAAAGUAUUUCUGCACAGUUGCCUCUUGUGUAGGGUGACAGCAAGUUUAAAAAAAAAAAAACCCUGCAGUAUAAGCUGUUUUCAGACAAAAUAAGAUUCUGAAAAUCCUGUAAUCUGCCUGUGCCCUCCUCAAUAGCAAAUGAAGGAUAAGGUCACAUGAGAAUUUAGGCUUAGUUGGUGUUUUGUCACCAUUACAAGCAGCUCGUGAACAUGAGAGGUACACAUAAGCAGGAUAGCUAAACCUCUCUCCAGUGUCACAGAAUAGAGAUAGCAUGGAAUAUAUAGGCUGCAGAAACCUUCAAAAGUUAUUAUGGAUUUACCUUUGAAGGAAAGUGUGGGUUGCUUUUCAGUGUUGCCUUCUGCGUUCGGCAUUUCCCCAGAGAAGGAUUACUUUGUAUUCAGCGCUUUUUGAACCUCAAACUUUUGUCUUUGACAUUUUUUUUUUUUUUGUGUGUGUGUGUGUGUGUGCAUGUGUGCAAGGAGUGUGACAGUUGUACCAUUGUGUGUACAGAUAAAAAAAAAGAAGCAGAAGUGCCAUUCAGACUUUAAGCUUUCAAAAAUGAUGCCAAAAUAUUGCUAUAAGCAACAGGGGAAGAGCACCCCCCCCCAACAAUUAUUGCUUUUGUGUACAUAAAAUUAAUCUAAUUUUGUCUGUAAAGAAGAGUCGGACGAAUGUAACAGAAAUUUUUUGUGAUCUCUAAAGAAUUUCACCCUUGGGACAGCCCAGAAGUGCAGUCAAAUUCUUGUAAUUUUGUUGUCCCCUCUGAGCAUUUGCAGAAAGUUUUUACAACGGCUGAAAACUGCAAAGAAGUGACAGAUGUUUAUUGGUGAGGUGAAGAAUUAAGAGAUUAGACUAAUGUAAACAAUGAGGACAGCUGGCCCAUUCUGAAUAAAUCUCGUCCUUUUCUCAUUACCAAAUGUAGAAGAGCACAUAUGCCUGACCUCGACUGCAUCCGGGCUGGGGUCCUUUCACUCUCAGUUCAGGAGGCAGUGGGGGUGAGAAAAGUAAAUCAAUGUGCUCUCAUUAGUUUCUGUCACAACUUAAAAUUGUUAAUUGAUUGAACUGGGAUAGAGAGCGACCCCAGCCCUAAGCUGCAAGUCUCAAGCUGUACUGUACUUUAACCUCAUGUUACACUGGUAACUGCUUGGCACAAACAUUAUUAUAGUGUAAUUAAAAUACAGAUUAAUAUUUUAACAUGCAUUUGCUGUUGAUUUUUAUUUUUACUUGGUGAUAUUGGUAUGUUGUGUAAAUUGUUUGGUCGGUCUGCAUUGUGAUAUGUUAGCUAUAUCCUGUAUGUAUCCUAUUUAAAAAAAAUGGUUAUAAAGAUGGUCUGGGAUUGUAUAUAAAAAGGGCUAUGACACAAAAAUGAGUGAGGGGUGAAGCAUUGAUAAUAUUUUAACAUUGUGCAUAUUUUGUAGAUUUGAUAUGUACAUACUGGAGUACAUUAAACAGUUUUAUACAGAAACAAAA